AUGCAGACAGAACCUUCGUUAGGAGGAGCAGAACUGACAAGACUGACCGCGAACAGAGAUAUGUAUAAGAUGAUGAUCAAGCAGCAGCCUAGAGAUGGUCAAGUCCUGACGGCUCAAAAACGUGCUAGCGCCAAAAAGCCACAGAACGAAAGACUCUCCCUCGAUCCUCCUGCAGUGGUCGAACUUGCGGUUCUUGAUGAUGACCCGAGCAGGUGCUGGCUCCACAGCCCGUACUUAUUCUGCACCGCCGAGCUGGUUAGACUUGACGACAAGUCAAACAGGUCUGACACGCUUUCUGGCACGUUGACGUCUUCGCUGCACGUGGUCAAGAUGAAUGACGGAAAAGCCCACGGCUUCUUCGUUUUCAGCGAUCUCGUCCCACUAUGCGCCGGCAUGUUCUUUCUUCGAUUCACGCUGUUUGAGAUGCGCAAGAGGUACGAGGGACAGACCCCGAAAUUUGUUGGCGCUGCUGACUCGGCAAAAGCCCAGAUGGGCUAUUCGCGGAAAUGCUCAACUCUGUCUCCAGCGUGA